AUGGUUCCAAAACCACAUGUUAGGUUGGGGUCAUGGAAUGGCCUUAGCUUCACAGGAACUCCCCAACUUCGAUCUCAGGAGCUUUUUAAACUUGACUUUGUGUCUAAUGAGAAUGAAGUCUACUACAAAUAUGAGCUCCUUACCACUUCACUUGAAUCAGGGUUAGUGAUCAAUAGGUCAGGUGAUUUGCAGCGGUUCAUGUGGACUGGUACAAGAAACAUUAAUCGCAUCAUUUACUCAGCUCCCGAAGAUAAGUGUGGCGCUUAUAAUGUGUGUGGUGCAUUUGGUCUCUGCAGUGUUAACUUUCCUCAAUUAUGUGCAUGCUUACAAGGUUUUGGACAAAAUAAUUCUUCAAUGUCAAGCAGGUGUGUUCGUAGAACUCCAUUGAGUUGCAAUGCUGACAAUGAUGGCUUCAAGAAGUUCACAAGGAUGAAAUUGCCAGACAAAUCUUUGUCCUUGUUUGACAAGACAAUGACUCUUGAGGAAUGUGAGAAAACUUGUUUGAAGAACUGCUCUUGCACUGCUUAUGCAAAUUUGGAUGUAAAGGAUGAAGGAACUGGCUGUUUGAUGUGGUUUGAUGCUCUAAAUGACAUAAAGGAAUUUGAUACUGGUGGGCAAGACCUAUUUGUAAAGAUGGCUACCUCAGAACUAGUUUCAGGUGACAGUACCGCAAGCAAGAGACAUAGCACGAAGCAGGUCUGA